AUGCCCGCCUUACCCGUGUUUAAACUUGGUAUGUUGGCCGUCCGCCAGCUAAGUAAAUAUGUAGCGAAUUUUAUUAAGCAAAAAGCGAAGGAUAAUAAAAUUUUUCGUGAAUAUAUUUGCAUACCACCGGCACAAUGGUACAACAGAAUGGAGACCAGAACAAUGAUGUGGACCAUGAAGAUGGGCAAACCAACAAAUAUAAAACCACUGUCAGAAGCGGCUGCCAUUGAUUUGGGCGCCAGUAUGUUGGGCGAAUUUGUGCUGUUCUUAAUCUGUGGGGCCGCAGUUGUAUCGGAAGUUUCACGACAAAUGCGUUCCGAACGUCGUAAAAGGGAUGAAAAAAUUCAAGCAGCAAUUAAUUUAACAAACAAUAUUUUAAAAAUGGAAGAAACGAUAGAACAUCAGGAGCAAUAUAUACAAGAAAUUAGAAAGGCGCUUAAAUCUUUAGGCAAAGAUAUUAAAGUGCCAAAGCCGGAGUACUUCGAAAGUAAAUUGUUGCGGCCAGUUAUUACAACCAGAUCGAUUGAUACGCAAGUAACGGUGCCAACAAGUGACAAACAAUUGCAGGUGACAAUCUGAGUUUUUUUGUUCCCUGACAUUUGUAAUUAAAAUGUAUCGAUUACAAAAAUAUCAAACGUUUCAUUGUAUUUCAUUGUAUUA